AAAAUCUUGAAAAACAACCUCGUAAAAACCGACACAUCCAAAAAAACUGGUAAAAUUGUGUGCCAAACGCAGACAAAUGUUUCAGUGAUCGAAAACAUAUAAAACUUUCAUUCUCGCCGAUGCAAGAUGGCAUCUUAAAUAAUGGACGAAAGCACAUGUAAAAUGGCACUCAAAAUCAUUCACUAUAUCGAAAUUGUUUGAGUUGGAUAGCUCCGUGGUGCGCGAAGAAGAAGACGCGAUGCACCCAUCCGCCAGGUGACCCUGCCGAUUACACCCGCGGAACAUGUCAUGGGACUCAAUCGAGUCGCGCGACUUCCUCGGCGGGGUGCCGGCGCACCAACUGUCGGCUACGCGGCUGCUCAGCUCCCCUGAUCCGUCGCGUCAUCACAUUGAAGAUCCACCUGAACUAUUUCCGUUCUCAGAGGAGUAUCCGACGGAAGGGCGCAAUGGUGCGAUCCGUUGGGGCUCUCGCUUCGGCCCGGCGCACCGGCCGUCUGCCGGCGUGCUAGAGUGCUUCCGAGUCUGCAGAUCGCGUAUCGACCAGUAUCUGGCCAGACGAAAGAUCGAACGUGGUGUCCGCCUAUACGGGCAGAACGAACAACGCCUGGCGGUGAAGGUAUGGCUCUCAGCUCUCCGCGGUGUGCGACAUCGGAGCGACAAGUUCUCUUUAUUGGGACAUUUAUAUCAAGCUUAUAUGGACUUUGGGAAAUACAGAGAAUCCCUGGAAUUCGCAAACAGACAGCUGGGCAUAUCAGAGGAGCUGGAUUCUGCCCCGAUGAGAGCCGAGGCUUAUCUUAACCUUGCGCGCACUCAUCAGACUUUAGGUGGACUUGACAGGGCACUCUCCUACGCUCGUCAUGCUUUAUACAACGACUGCGGCGGUGGUUCCACGGCAGGGUGUGUACACCUCACAGUUGCUGCAGUGAGCUUGGAGCUAGGUGCCUUCUCCAAGGCAAUGGAUGGCUUUCAGAAGGCUCUGGCCGUGGCUCAGGCACAGAAUGACAACACGCUUUUAUUACAGGUGUACGUCGGCUUAUCAGAAUUAUGGCGACGCCUCCGCGAUACUGAACGUGCUGUGGCGUGUGCUGCUCGUGCAUGUGACCUUGGCCGUGGUCCGCGAUCGACUGAUCUGAACACGCGGCAUCAUCGCACAGCCUUAUUGCAAAUGGCGGCUGCUCUGCGCGCGAGGGGAGAGUUGGGAGAUGCGCACGAUUACUGUAAUGAAGCCCUGCGCUUAGCUGCAGUGGCAGGUGACCAAGGUUGCUACGUACGCGCUGUGAGGAUAGCUGGCGAUGUGUAUAGAAGGAAAUGUGAUUAUGGGAAGGCGCUUAGAAACUAUGAGGUCGCUAUGGGAGCUACGCAGACACUGGGAGACCGUUUAGCCCAAAUGGAGGCGAUGGAUGGAGCCGCGAGAUGUUUGGAGGCAUUGAGGCUGCAAGGACGCAUCUGUAACUGUCGGCCGUUGGAGUUCAAUACGAGGUUGUUAGAGGUCGCUACAUCCGUUGGAUCGAAGAUGCUAGUGCGCCGUGUGAGACUUCGGCUGGCAGAAAUCUACACAGCUUUGGGGGAUAACAACGCGGCGGCUAGACAGAAACGCGCCGCUGCCGCCUGGGCCGCACCCACUUGUGCCAGGUGUAGGGAACCGCUCGCCGAACGAGCUGAACCCCUCGCCUCACUGCCUUGCGCGCAUAUUGUCCACCACGCUUGUAUGCCCGAGUCGUGGUCAAGGCGUUCGACACGAAGCUCUGGAGGCGCGGAGUGUUUGGAGUGUGCAUCCCCACGCGCACCUCGCGUCCCGCCACCCGCUCCCCCCGCUCCUCGAAGCUUACCGUCACAGGUUGAUUUCCCAUUCGGCACACCACCAACUUUGCGCGAUUCGGAUUUGAACUCUGUACUCUCCGAUCACAGCAGUCAGCAAGCCACGUCCAGCGUUUAAUUUAAUUUUAACUCUAUUUUUAUACACAUGAAGAUCUUAUUCUAUUACUUACUAUUUUCCGUAUGGAUUUUCACUGUAGUUUGCUACUCUAUACAAAUUGAAAGUACGCUUAAAUUUUAGAGCAAUCACUACGAGGAGUUAUAUUUUUUUUGUAUCGUUAUUCAGUAAGUUAGCCUUCUUCAAGAGUAAUUUUUAAUAAGAUAAGUGCCGGCGAUAUUUCAUAUUCAACAUAACCUGAAAAUGUUAUAUGAAUCCUGAUGGUCUCAUAAAAUGUCUCACGAUGACCAACACGUCUAAAAAAAUGAAAAGUGGACACUUACAGUGGAUUUGCAAUAACUUAAGAUGUUCUUAAAAUAAA